AUGUUUGGGAAAGCCAUUCCUGGGUAUGGUGGCAGCUUUUGUCGCUUUCUUUACGCUCGUUGUAAUCUCUUACAAGCCGAGAAGGGGACUAGACUGGCCCUGAUCGGUUUGAAACACAACCGGGAAGCAGUGGUGGCUAUCUUUUCAGUGAUGAUAUCGUGCUCCCUCGCAACCCUGGAACUUGUAUGGGCUUGCUUCCCUUGUCCACUCCAUCAGAUUUACCUCAUGGCCCGUACCGCGAAAAGCUCUUCCCGCAGUAUCCGGCUUCCAUGGACAAGGGCAGCAAUACGGAAUACAAGGAUGAGCAUAAUAAAAUCUUCUGCCAUCGAUGCCCCCGCCUGCAUCGCCCAAGACCCUGAUCAUUAG